GUUCCUCAUUGAAUGCAUUUCAUUUUUCGUUUUCUGUACAUUUUUGUCUCAAUUUAAAGCUUUCACUACCUCUCACGACGUGUAUUUUAAGUAUCUGAUAGCUUACAUUCUAAGUGUAUUAUUUUCAAAAUUUUCAUUAUCAAAUUUCUGGGUUUAAUUGGUAAUCAGAUCUAGUGCCAAAAACCAAAUCCAUCUGUUCAAACAUUUUCUUGAUUUAAAAUAUUUUUUUUUGGAGAUGUCGGUUGCUAUUCCAUGCUGUAUUUGCUUGUAAAUUAGCUUCUUUGACCAAACUUUUACUUGAAUUUCGAUUAUGGAAUUUGGGGUUUUUGCUUAAAACCCAUUUUUUAUUCUGAAUUUAGGGUUCUUUAGCUAACAUUUUGAUUACCCCAAAAUGAAAAAACUAUAUAAGAAACUAGUUUUUAUGAGAAACCCGUUGUCAAGGCAUUCAAACAGAGUGUUCAAUGAUAGCAAAUGGAUAAUCCCAUUUCUUGCCAGCUUACUUGUGUCAAUUACAUUGAUUUUCUCUGCCAUUUUUGGGGUUUUCAAAGCUCCUUAUGAUAGAUAUCAUCAUCAGUUACCGUUUGACAUUAUUUCCUUUGCUAAAACAGAGGUUUCUAAUGGGUACUUUGUAGAAUCUAGUUUAAACAAAGUAUUGAACACCAAUAGUUCUUCUUUUGAACCACCUAGGCUAGCUUAUCUUAUUUCAGGGACUAAAGGGGAUAGUCAUAGAAUGAUGAGGACUUUACAGGUUAUUUAUCAUCCUAGGAAUCAAUAUGUUUUGCAUUUAGACCUCGAGGCUCCGCCGAGGGAACGGCUGGAGUUGGCGAAUGCGGUGAAGAACAAUCCGACAUUCGCUGUAGUUGAAAAUGUACGUGUAAUGGCACAGUCGAAUUUGGUUACUUAUAAAGGUCCGACGAUGAUCGCUUCGACCCUUCAAGCGAUCGCGAUUUUGUUGAAGGAGAGCUUGGAUUGGGAUUGGUUUAUCAAUUUGAGUGCCUCGGAUUAUCCGCUUGUGACUCAAGAUGAUCUGUUGCAUGUUUUCUCCAAUUUGUCAAGACAUCUCAAUUUCAUCGAACAUAUGCAGAUUACUGGUUGGAAAUUGAACCAGAGGGCCAGACCGAUUGUUGUUGAUCCCGGCCUUUACUUGUCCAAAAAAUCUGAUAUUGCUUGGACCACACAACGUCGGUCACUGCCCACGUCUUUCAAGUUGUUUACAGGUUCCGCAUGGGUAGCGCUUACACGAACCUUUGCCGAGUAUUGUAUAUGGGGAUGGGAUAACUUCCCACGAACCAUCCUAAUGUAUUACACGAACUUCAUUUCCUCCCCGGAAGGCUAUUUCCACACUGUUAUUUGCAACACCAAUGAAUUCCACAGCACUGCGAUAAGCCACGACCUCCACUACAUAGCUUGGGACACCCCUCCGAAGCAACAUCCGAUCUCAUUGUCGAUGAAAGACUUCGACAAAAUGGUAAAAAGCAAUGCACCCUUUGCUCGGAAGUUCCAUAAGAACGACCCAGUCUUGGAUAAAAUCGAUAAAGAGCUUCUGGGUCGCACAGGCCGUUUUGCACCCGGAGCAUGGUGUAUUGGUAGUUCAGAAGGUGGAGCUGACCCGUGUUCUGUACGAGGUGAUGAUUCUGUGUUUAGGCCAGGCCCCGGUGCUGAGAGGCUGCAACGGCUCGUAAACACACUACUAUCGGAAGAAUUCCGGAAAAAGCAGUGUUCAUGAUAGUGGUUUAGAGUUAGAUCAGAUAAACCCCGAAGUGUAAAUGACUAUAUAUACAUACAUAUACAUCAUACUUCAUAGAUCACAUAAUUUCUAUAUGGCUGGUGGGAUUUUGUUUGGUAACAUACAAAAAUGAAUGAUCAAUUGUUAUGACGUGGUUAUAUGUAAUUUUAUUGAACCCGUAUCAAAUUCAGAAGAAUUUUAUAUUUGA